AGGAACGAUAAACGCAGUAUGACGCUGUUCAGCAAUAUGCUGAGGUUUUUGGCUAUAGGAGGCAUAUUUGCUUGUAGUUUUUUGAUUUGUGGUAUUUCCGGGCAGAAGAAUGUGGGCCCCGGAAAAUGGUCGGUGCUGAACAUAAUGAAGUGCGACAAAGACAGCAUGAUGCCGAUGAAACUGGACGCCAACAGACGCAAGGUGAACCGGACGCACGACGGGUUCAACGCUAAACUCGAGGCGGAAGAGCCGAUUGACGAUACCUUCGGGGUCCGGCUGGAUAUCUGCAAAGUGGUAGACGGCGGUUGCAAAGAUUACAGUACAAUGGCGGACGACUCCCUGAUAAAGUUCGCCAAGAAAUACGCCGAAGGGAACGUGAAGACUGCAAUGGAGUGCGCCGGAAUAGACCCGCCAGAUUUCCCCGUGCCCGUCGGUGUCCACACUAUAAAGAAUUUUAUGUUUGACUACAACGAGCUCCCACCCGACGGCCCGUACGGAGAGUUCAUGGCAUGCUGCUACCUCAUAAAGGAUGCGAGGGAAGUUAUGUGCGCUAAGAUCCACGUCAUGUUCCAAGACGUUGAAGAAGUUGAAGAGGAGGAAUAAUAGAAGGAAUAACCCCCUUAUUCAUAAACGGCCACUAAAGUUGACAAGCCGAUAAUAAUCGUUUGUCUCUUUCCGACGUAUCGAUAUGAUGGAAAGGGACAAACGAUUAUUAUCGGCUUGUCAACUUUUGCAGACGAUUGAAUAUGAAAGGGGGUUACAGUAUAAACUGAUAUGAGACACAUACGAUAAUAAUGAAUAACCUUCUGCUCAUCUAUAAGGUGCUUGACAUAUUGUAGUUUUUACAAUAAAUUAUGAAUAAUAUAAAACACA